GGCUAGAGAAGCAAGGCUGGCAGCCAUGCCAGGCUUUUUCAAGGUUCUGGUCGGCGACUUCUCUAAGCGACUGAGAAUUCCACCUGCAUUUGCCAAGUUCUUUGAUCGAACACCAUUGCCUCAUAAGAUCAAGCUACAAGACUCCGAAGAAAAUUGUUGGCAAGUUAAUUUGGUGAGAAUCAACAACAAACUGUUGUUCAAAAAUGGCUGGGAAGCUUUUGUAAAAGACAAUCUUUUAGAGGUUGGGGACUUUGUGUUCUUUAGUUAUGUUCGGAUAUCAUUGUUUACAAUCACCGUCUUCCAGAACGAUGGAUGUGUAAAAGAUGUCACCGGUAAAGGGAAGAAGAAACAAAGUGAAACAAUGGCAAAAAAUAUACAUGGAACCAAUCAAUCUGCAAGUUUGGAAAACAAGAAAAAGCCUGUGGUGAUCAAGAUUGAAGGUACUGAUGAUGGCAUCUCAGUUGAAAUUCUGGAAAAUGUUACUAAAGUGGGAGAGAAGAGGAAAAGAACAGAAUUCAAACAAUCAGCUGCUUGCACUCAGCUCAAAGAAGGUAAUAAGAAUGUCAAGAAACUGAAAGGCAAAGCAAAAUCUUUAGUUCUUGAAAGAGCUAAAAGGGCAUUCAAAUCUAGCAACCCCUUCUUCAUGGUUACAAUUCAGCCAUCCUACAUUGGUGUUGGACACAUCAAAGUGCAUAUACCUGUGGAAUUUGUUCAAACAUACUUAAACAAGAGGUGCAAGAAUGUUAUCCUUGAGAUCCCACCAGGUGAUAGAACAUGGGAGGUCAAGUAUUAUGUCACGACACAAAGACAUGCACAAGCAAAACUGAGUAAUGGAUGGGUAGAUUUUGCAAUUGAAAAUCAUUUGGCAGUGGGUGAUGUUUGUGCCUUUGAACUGAUUAACAGAGCUCAAAACAUUCUAAGAGUCUAUAUAUUUGGGCUUAAUACAUGAAGAAUUCCCAUCCUUGACGUGUCUAAUCUGAUUCAGAUGAGUGUUGAAUAUUAGAUAUUCAGUAUGUUAUGACCGUAUUUUCGUAUCCACUAUUCUGAUAUAAACUUGAUACAGUCAUCAAACUGAUCAGGAAUUGGGAUAUGAAC